UAAGAUAGUUAAGACUAAAUACCAUGUUAUUAGGAUUAUAUGUUUGUUAGGAAACAUGUUCAGCGCGAGUCUUAUCUUAAUACACGCUUUUGUUUUGAAGACAAUAGAAGCAGGAACACUAUCUCAAAGCGUAUUUCAACUUUCCAACAAUGCCGUUGGCUCAACAGCUCUAGGUGCUCCCUGGCAGGACAGAUCGCGAGUAUCCUGCAUCGUCACCUGCAUGGAAACCUACGCCAACUGUAACAGUGUACGCUUUAAUCCAACUACCGGCGUGUGCACCCCGGGGUCAACCACUUCUUACACCGCUCCACCAGCCAGCGCCGACGAUGGUGAACUGUAUCUGAAAUUAGAAAAUCCUUCGACUGACGCAACCUGUGACAGUGGGAAGAAUAUAAGUUUUCAGAAAUACGGAAGCGAAUCCAGUUGCAUAGGUCUAUAUAAGACACAUGUCUCGUUCACGGAUUACACACAAAACUGUGCGGCGAUCGGUCUCAAGACUGUGCAAGUCUCAACCGCUGACAAGUUGAAGAUUCUUCAAAACAUUUCCAACGGAACAGAUUUCUGGAUUGGCUGCUACAGUUCCGGAGACGCCAGCUACUUUUGGUUCGAUAGUGGCCAGUCAUUGACCAGCCUCGAGGCCAACACAAUAUUCCCUGCAGGGGAAAUGAACAAGACAUUCGCCGGAGGCAAUUGUUGUCAGUAUUGCCCGCACAACAAUACUGCUUCUAUUGUUGACUGUAGCAGGAAAGCUCCAUAUUCUUGCGAAAUGUAA